CACGCCAGAUUAAAUUACGGCUAAACAAAUAUACAUGAACCUGCUGAGGAAAGGUGACGUCGUGCUGAGACUCCACGGCCCGUUGUGACGUUAUGUAACAGAUCGCUAGCAAUUACACACAGCACCAUGUUGUGGAGACAAGCAGUUGUGCUGGGCAUGGUCUGCAUUAUUCUUAGAACAGGUGCACAGGCCAACCAGCCCCCAAUCUUCACACAAGGCAUGGACUAUCAGCAGAUUCCGGAAGACACAGUAGUUGGAGCUUCUGUGUACACCUUGAGUGCAACUGACACUGAUGGUGAUACUCUGAUGUAUGGAGUCUCAGGACAAGUCUCCAAUAACCUGUUUAUAGUUAAUCCAAGUUCGGGGCUUGUUACUUUGAAAUCACCAUUGGACAGAGAGCUCACCGAUGAAUACCAGAUCACUGUUACAGUUUCAGAUGGGAGAAAUCCACAGGUCGUACAAACCCCAACCAUCUUCAUAACUGAUGCCAAUGACAACAGUCCGGUGUUCCAGGGUAUUCCCUAUGAAGUGUCUGUCAAUGAGAAUGACGUUUCACAAACCAGCAUAUUCAGGGUGACGGCAACUGAUGCAGACCAAGGGAUUGGUGGAACUGUGUCGUACUUUCUAGAGGCUGGAGAUGAAUCAAAGUUUGAGGUUGACAGACCGACUGGAAAUGUGAACUUAAAGGAGGAGCUGGACUAUGAAGAAUCAUCUGUUUAUCAACUCAGAAUCAGAGCUCAGGAUGGAGGAGGCAGCUACCAGGGAAACCAGGUUUUUCAGACCAGCACCACUGUGCUGAUAGUGAAUGUUGUUGAUCAAGAUGAUCAGCCUCCUCUGUUCCUGGGACAGCCUUUCUCAACACAAGUGAACGAAGACACUCCACUGGGUACAUCCAUUAUAACCAUCAAUGCUCGAGAUGGGGACUACGGCAUCGAUAAUCCAAUCGUCUAUUCCACACAAGGGGAUGAUGGCACCUUCUCCAUUGACUCCACCAGUGGAGUGAUCAGUCUGGCUAAGAUGCUGGACAGGGAAAGUAAGACGGAUGAAGGAGGAGUCUACAGCUUUGAUGUGCAGGUCAGAGAAAACAGCAUUGAAGCCAGGACAACAAACACGAGUGUGCGCAUCACCAUAGUAGAUGUGAACGACCAGAUCCCAACGUUCUACAAUGGCACCGGAAACUCUCCCCAGAACUACUUCACAGCCACCAUUCCUGAGGGCACGUCUGCAGGAAUUCCCCUGGGGGGUCUGGACAUGAGGGUGGAGGAUAACGAUGAGGGUGACAACGGCCGGUUCACCCUGACGCUUGAUGAAGAAGGCAGCAGGUAUUUUGAGGUGGUGCCGAGCACAGUUUAUGGGCAGGCAGCAGUGAACAUCCGAGUCAAGAACUCCAGACUUCUAGACUAUGAGACACUGCAAUCUGUGCAGUUCAAAGUGAUUGCUAGAGAAGACCUGGCAGCUGAGCAUUACAGCAGCACUGCCACAGUUCUGGUGACAUUGGAGGACACCAACGACAACUCUCCUGUCUUCAACCAGUCUAAGUACGACCUGUCUGUGGCUGAGAACUCUCCAGAUGGGACUGUUGUAGAAACAAUCACGGCAACUGAUCUGGACUCUGGUCAAUUUGCAGCAGUUACGUACAGUUUGCAAGGGAGUGGAAGUGACAAGUUUGCUGUCAACCACUUCACAGGAGAGAUAACAGUUGCCAAGGGUGAAAAGUUGGACAGAGAGACUAUCCCAUUCUACUUCCUCAUCUUGGUAGCUGAGGACGGUGGGGGCCGUGCCUCCAACGUGCAACUGCAAAUCACCCUGUUGGAUGUCAAUGAUGAAGCACCACGGUUCUACAGAUUCUACCAUUGGAAUGUCCUUGUGCGAGAUAAUUCAGUAGAAACCAGCCAGCCAUUACAGAUAACGGCUGUUGACAUCGAUGAAGGCACAAAUGGAGGCAUCAAGUACUCCAUUGUAGGGGGAGAUGAGCGAGGAAGCUUCAACAUAGAUGAAGACAGUGGCAUAAUAAACCUUACACAACCACUGGACUAUGAGGCACUCGGUGGUGGGGAUGAGUUCCACCUGGUAGUACAAGCUAUGGAUGAGGGACAGCCACCCUUAAACUCUACAACAACUGUCAUUGUCGUUGUCCAGGUCUUGGUUGGCAACGAACACAACUAUGUCUGUCUAUCUGAUCCAAGUCAAUGCUUGCAGAAUACAUGUCAAAAUGGUGGAAUCUGCUCUUCCUGCUGCACUUUGAUGCACAACUCCUGCACCUGUCCAACAGGCUACACUGGAACCUUGUGUGAGAUUGAUGUUGAUGAGUGCAUCUCCCAUCCAUGUCAAAAUGGAGGCACAUGCUUGGAUGGGAUAAACUCAUACCACUGCCACUGCCCGGAUGGGUUUUCAGGUCGGAACUGUGAGUCAGACAUAGAUUGGUGCGCCAUGAGUCCCUGUCCAUUUGACUGGAUCUGUCAGGAUCAGAUCACUUACUUCACUUGCCAUGUUCCAGGCAGCUUCCAUCCAAACAGAUUGCCCUUUGGGUGCAGUCCUGCCUCCUGUCCAAAUGGUAUGAUCUGCAAGGACAACCCAGGGUUUUUCUCCUGCAGCCUACAAUAGGCUGGCUUCACUUCAUCAUGAACUGGAGACUUGAUUCUUUCUCUGUAGCG